AAUUUGAAAAUAUGUGCUUAACUAUUAAAGUAAUUAAUUAAUUAUUAAGGCUGAAAGCUAGGGUAGGAUCUAUGUACAGGAUAUGGAAGUGCAAAGCACCAAUUAAAGGCAUAUGUAUCUUGGAUAGAUACAAAAACCGGAUGCACACGCAAUACUUUCCCCAUACAAAGCUUGAACUUAUCCUCCAUGUCUUAAUUAAAUUUCUUCUUAGAAAGGGUACUUUAUAUUGAAGCUUUGAAGUUUUUAGAUUCAAAUCUACAUAUAGUUUUACCCAUCCCUUGCAAAAUUGGUUAUGAUCCUUGUUGAUAAAAGAAAUUAAGAAACUUUCCUUUUUCCGCAGAUGUGUUGAGUAAUUUGAGAUUAAUCCCAUGUCCCUAUUAACAGUUAAAAGAAUAUUAUGUGUUGAAAUUAAGAAAAAUUUAUGAGAAUUUGUAACCCUGAUCAAUCAGAGAUAAUCCUUGGGGGCUGUUAAUCUAGUUCUUAAUUAGGAGUUACUCUGGCUUAAUUAAUUAGCAUGUAUAUCCCAAUGCCAUAGCACGGUGUCUCCCUUUUCUGUUGAUUAAUUUACAUUUGUCCUUCUCACUUUGCUUGCUUUCUAUUUUCUACUAGAUUUAUUCCAAAGUUGUGGCUAACCAUUCAUUUCUCUUGUUUUUGCAAGGUUUCAUUAACUCCGGGCAGCUGGGGGACUUAAAUCUCCGGAAGGAAAUAUACUUGUACUUCCAAAGUUGAAAGUACUUACUUUUCUGAUCAAGCUGUAUAUAUUAUGGUAAUUAACUUGGUAAGUGUGGAAUUUUAUCAGAAAAAUGUAAACCUAGUAAAUUAGAUGUGUGUAUUCAACUAUAUAUGUGCUUAGUAGUUACCUUUUGUACUAAUAUCUUUCUAUUUUAUGAGUGACAUUUUUACCUUAAUUUUACUCGUAAAUACCAUAUCAUUUUUAACGAUUAAUAAAGAGAUAAACUCUUA